AUGCCCGCUGUUACGAUGAUCCAAAGUCUUCCGCGGAGGUACGAAAACACGUUUCCGCCUUCUGAGCAGCAAAGCGUCGGGGGCCGCGGCGGGAACCACCAGCAGUUUCACGAGGGGCACAUCAUCAUCACUCCAGUCCUGCACGACGAGCAGUCAUCCUUCGGCGCCCAAAUCGACGGAAUUGACUGGACAUUCCCGGUUCCCGCCGAUGAUAUCGAAAUACUCAAGAAGAUUCAAGACCAAUACGGGGUUUUGAUUUUCCGCAAAACUGGCCUGGACAACAAAAGACACAUAGAAUUUGCCCAAAAGUUAGGCCAGGAGCUUGAGAUCAACCCCUUUUUCUAUGGUAUUGAGAACGACCGCAUAGGUGAUCCACUUCUGUGGGACGUUAGCAAUAUCAACCUCGACGGCACGACGGUACAGCCUAAUCAGAGACGAUGGGAUCACAGCCUAGGCAAUGCUUUGUGGCAUACGGACUCUUCUUUCCACCAACAGAGAUCAAAGUACUCACUGUUACUAUCCCACGGCAAUCCAGUCAAAGGCGGCUCGUGGACUCAUUUUGCUGAUACGUCACGAGCUUAUGCUGAUCUGCCCCCAUCCAAAAAGGAUGAGUUGGAGGAUCUGAUUAUCGAGCAUGACCUAUGGCACUCUCGCCGGCUGGCCUCCCCACAGGCCUUUGCUCAACCUCUGGACAACGAGCGAGCGGCCGAGAAGUCGGCAUACCACCAUCUUGUCCAGAUUGGGCCGGACGGGAAAAAGACGCUAUAUCUGGCCGCGCACGCCAAGCUGGUACUGGGGCGCAGCUUUGAGCAGAGCCAGAAGCUGAUUUGGGAGCUCAUUGAUCACUGUACACAGCCAAAGAAAAUCGAAAAGACUCGUGUCGUCAUUGCAGGUGCGGGUCCGGUCGGCUUGUUCACGGCCUAUCUCCUUGCCCGCCAGAAGAUCGAGUCCAUCGUCUUGGAGAGGCGCCUAGGCGUUGCUGACCACCCCAAAGCACACACGAUCAAUCCCAUGACACUUGAAAUAUUCCGCCAGGCAGGCUUGGAUGUUGCUUAUAUCCGAAAACAUGCAGCGACGGCCAACGAUGCCGGACUAGUGCGUCUUGUUUAUGGCCUGGCCGAUGCCGAGAUUGGCUGCUUCCCCUAUGAACGCCAGGAUGAUAAGAUUCGUACUCUGACACCGGAGCCUUUGGUGAAUUGGCCGCAGCCAGAGCUAGAACGCCUGCUCGAGAAGGCGGUAGCCGAGACCGGCUUUGUUCAAGUCAGGAGGGGCUGGCAGGUUGAUGCAGUGGGCAUUACGGAUGUGGAGGAGACUGGCUGCGUCGUUUCGUGCAGUCCCAUGGGACAAGAUCCCGACAUGGAAACGCACAGCAUCGAGGCCGAUUUCGUCAUUGGUGCCGAUGGCGCUAACUCGACCGUGCGGGAUAAGACGGCCGGCAUCGAAUUCGAAUCCUUGGGAGCUGGCCAUGCUUACCAGUCAAUUGUCUGUAAAGGCAGUCUGCGCUCUGCGCUUCCGCCGGGUCGCGAGGCCAUGCUCUACUUUUGCUUCCACCCCGAGCAUCCCAGCGAGUUCAUCGCACACAAUGUCGAUUCCUCCUUUGUCCACGUCGUUCCUGUCAUGGACCCUGCGUCAACCGAUGGACCACCCAAGGCACCACCAAUCGAGGCCUGCCUUCCAGGCCUGCAGUACUCGGAGGUUCUUCGUACUAUUUGGGAGACUGCCCCUCGGGUGGCAUCCUCGUACAGUGACGCAACGCUCCGUGUGUUUCUUGUGGGAGAUGCAGCCCACAGCUUGCCGCCUCAGGGCGGUCUCGGUCUCAACACGGGCAUAGCCGAUGCACACAACCUAGCGUGGAAGCUUGCUGCCAUAAUCCAGGGGAAAGGCACCCCGAACCUUCUCACCAGCUUCACCCGUGAGCGUCGACCCGUUGCUUUGGCAAAUAUUGAGUACUCCAAGGCUAGCGAGGCUGCCUUCUAUUCCGUCAGUACCACACUGGUUGGCCUUGCCCUUCAGUACAAAGAAGCGAGGGCACAGGCGCCAGAUCUCACCAUGGAUGAAUUCCUCCAACGACCCGUCGUUUCCGCUGCGGCGGCUGAGGCGGUCACAGAGGCGAGCAGACAUUUUGACUCUCUAGCCCUCCAGCUCGGAUUCAUCUACGACGAUCCGUCUUGCACGCCGUCUCUUCUUGAAAACCCAACGGUAUACGUCCCACGGGCGUGUCCUGGAGCAAGACUGCCUCACGGGACCAUCAACGAUGGGUUAUCGCUUUUGGACAUUGUACCCUACGAUCGAUUCACCGUGCUGCACUACGCAAAUCCGGCGUUCGCAUCCUGCCACUGGGCAAUUGAUGUGGCAAGACUUGGUCUGGCCGAAACUUGGUUUGAAAUGGUCCCGGAAAUCAAAGAGGGGAAGGCGAUUAUUGUCAGGCCGGACCACCAUGUUCUACUGCAUGUGAACAGCCUGGUUCAGGCGGACGAUGCCGUCACGAAGUAUUUGGACAAAGGGAAGUGUGCGUAA